CUGUGCUUGUAAAACCCCAAAUAUAACACGCCCUUUCAAACCCUAAUUCUCAUUCUUCUAUAUACUUCCUCUGAUCAAUCACUCACUCCAUUUUCUUUUUCUUUUUCUUUUUCUUUUUCAAUUCCACUUCUCAUUGUUCGUUCGAAUAGAGAGAAAGAGAGAGAGCCCCCUCCUUCAGGAUCUCUGGGUGCAGAAGAAGCUUGUUCAUCGAUCUUGGAAUCUUGGUUAAAUUCAACAAGUUCUUGUUGUGAUUAAAAGCAUGCUGAGCGUGCUGAGAGUGCACCUCCCGUCCGAUAUUCCGAUUGUGGGUUGCGAGCUUUCGCCCUACGUACUUAUACGUCAUCCUGAUAAGACUGUCUCCACCGAGGAUGUUCCCGAGUCUUUGCCAAUUGAGGGCCAUUUCUUGAGAUAUAAGUGGUAUCGCAUACAAAGUGAUAAGAAAGUUGCUAUCUGCAGUGUACAUCCAUCAGAACAAGCCACUUUGCAGUGCUUAGGCUGUGUUAAAGCCAAAAUACCUGUCGCCAAAAGCUACCAUUGCACUCCUAAAUGUUUUUCUGAUGCAUGGCAACACCAUCGUGUUCUGCAUGAGCGUGCUGCUAGUGCUGUUAAUGAAAAUGGAAAUGAAGAGGAGGAUAUAUAUGGACGAUUCAAUAAUGGAACAUCUGGGGUGAAUAAUACAAGUCUAUCUAGUGUGCAAGCCAUCUCUGGCCUUGCAAAUGGUACAACACCAUUAUAUCCUGCUGCAUUUACACAGAGAAAUGGUGGUGAAACUUGGUUUGAAGUUGGACGUUCCAAAACAUACACACCCACAGCAGAUGAUAUUGGUCAUGUUCUUAAGUUUGAAUGUGUUGUGGUAGAUUCAGAAACAAAAUCGCCUGUUGGACAUCCAAACACUAUAUUAACAUCACGUGUCAUUCCAGCUCCAUCCCCAAGUCCAAGACGAUUAAUUUCAGUCACCAAUGUUGAUGUGGCAGGGAAUUUGGAUUUAGAAGGGCGUCUUUCAUCUGCCGGAACUUUUACUGUGCUUUCAUACAACAUUCUAUGCGAUUCAUAUGCUACCAGUGAUUUGUACGGUUAUUGUCCUUCUUGGGCCCUUUCUUGGCCUUAUCGCAGACAGAAUUUGUUAAGAGAAAUCGUCGGCUACCUUGCAGACAUUGUUUGUCUUCAAGAGGUACAAAGCAAUCAUUUUGAGGAAUUUUUUGCCCCCGAGCUAGACAAACAUGGAUAUCAGGCUCUUUUCAAGAGGAGGACUUCCGAGGUUUUCACUGGCAGUAUUCAGACCAUUGAUGGAUCUGCUACUUUCUUUCGUAGAGAUAGAUUCUCACAUGUCAAAAAAUACGAGGUUGAGUUCAAUAAAGCUGCACAAUCUUUAACUGAUGCUUUGGUUCCUAAUGCUCAGAAGAAAACAGCUUUAAAUCGAUUGGUUAAGGAUAAUGUUGCACUAAUUGUUGUUCUAGAAGCGAAGUUCAAUAAUCAAGGUGUUGACAAUCUUGGGAAGAGGCAACUUGUUUGUGUGGCAAAUACCCAUGUGAACGUUCAACAUGAUCUAAAGGAUGUGAAACUAUGGCAGGUUCACACUCUGUUAAAAGGAUUGGAAAAGAUAGCUGCCAGUGCAGAUAUUCCAAUGUUAGUCUGUGGCGACUUCAAUUCAGUUCCAGGAAGUGCUCCUCAUGCACUUCUUGCAAUUGGGAAAGUUGAUCCGAUGCAUCCGGAAUUAGCUGUAGAUCCUCUUGGAAUUUUGCGGCCUGCCAGCAAACUGACUCACACUCUUCCCUUGGUAAGUGCAUACUCAUCUUUUGCUAGAAUUGGGGUUGGUCAUGGUUAUGAGCAACAGAAGAGGAGAGUGGACCCUAAUACAAACGAACCCUUGUUUACAAAUUGCACAAGAGACUUCAUUGGCACCCUUGAUUACAUCUUUUACUCAGCGGAUAGUUUGAGUGUGGAAUCAUUGUUGGAGCUUGUGGAUGAGGAUAGCUUGAGGAAAGAUACAGCACUUCCUUCUCCAGAAUGGUCCUCAGAUCACAUUGCACUCUUGGCUGAAUUUCGAUGUAAGCCACGGACACGACGUUAGGCAAAUGAGGUUGAAAAACUAAAUAAUGGCGAAGAAAAGUAAAAGGACAGCAUGUAAGUGAAAACUGUAGAUGAGUAGUGUUUGUAGGGAAUUUGUGCAAUGAUCUACUACUCUGUAUCAUGAUACCCUUGACUCAGAAAAAUCGAUCGAUCAUGUUCAGUUCAGUUUCUUUCUGU